GACGGCCACAAUGGGUAAAGAUUUCUACAAAAUUCUUGGCAUCAACAAAGGUGCUUCAGAUGACGAAAUCAAGAAGGCCUAUCGCAAAUUGGCAUUGAAAUACCAUCCGGAUAAGAAUAAGACACCCCAGGCGGAGGAACGAUUCAAGGAAAUUGCCGAGGCCUAUGAAGUGUUGUCAGACAAAAAGAAACGUGACAUUUACGAUCAAUAUGGCGAGGAGGGUCUGAAGGGUGGCAUUCCUGGAGCAGGUGGCAUGGAUGGCGGCAAUACGUACACCUAUCACGGCGAUCCCCGGGCCACAUUUGCCCAGUUCUUUGGCAAUGCAGAUCCAUUCGGCAUCUUCUUUGGUUCCGGUGAUCCAUCACGCAUCUUUGAAUCGCAGACAAUGUUUAUGGGCGACGAUGAUAUGUAUAUGGGUGGUCCAGGUGGCGGUGCUUUCCGUUCGCAGUCAUUCAAUGCCCAGCCAAAUCGUAAACGCACCCAACAAGAUCCACCCAUUGAACGUGAUUUGUUUGUGUCCCUGGAGGAAAUCGAUAAGGGCUGUGUGAAGAAAAUGAAAAUAUCCCGUAUGUCGAUGUCAUCCGGCCAGCCACGCAAAGAGGAGAAGGUGUUGAAUAUCAGUGUCAAACCCGGCUGGAAGGCAGGCACCAAAAUCACCUUCCCACAGGAAGGCGAUCAGACACCCGGCAGAAUACCAGCCGAUAUUGUGUUCAUCAUCCGCGACAAACCCCAUCCAGUGUUUAAACGUGAAGGCAGUGAUCUGCGUUACACAGCCCAGGUUAGCCUAAAACAGGCCCUGUGCGGCACAACCGUUUCCGUACCCACACUGCAAGGUGAUCGCAUAACCGUCAGUUCCCAAGGUGAAAUCAUCAAACCCACCACAGUGAAACGUCUCAGCGGUCGGGGGUUGCCAUUCCCCAAGGAGCCAUCACGUCGCGGUGAUUUGCUAGUGUCCUAUGAUAUCAAAUUCCCCGAUAGCCUGCAACCCGGUACAAAGGAACUGCUAAGUGAGAUAUUACCAAAUUAGAAA